UUUUGGGCCAUUCAGUUGACAAAAUAAACUCUUUAGCGAUGGUAAAGCUUAUACUGAAUAUUGUAUUUCUAAGCCUGCUGAUUUAUCUGUCAGCAGCCGACAAUCCUCCGAACUUGGCCAACCGCUUGACGAUUUGCACGCAGCCAAGUGAGUACGGCAACUGCAACGAGAGACAACUCCGAUGGUAUUUCCACCCAGAACACAACAAGUGCAAGCCCUUCUACUACAGCGGAUGCGGAGGGAACUCGAAUAUAUUCUAUUCGCACUUUGAAUGCACUGCCUACUGCAUAAGACCGGACUACGAAGAAAUAUAGUAGGGAAGCCAGACAUUGUCACUUGAUUACACAUUAACUAUUAUAACU